UUCUUCUCCUCUCUCUCUCUCUCACACACAUCUAAACCUUCUUUGAUUUUCCGUGAUCCUUUCUUUCACAGGAUUGAUCAUUAAAGGGUGGUGAUUGCAAUGGCUAAACACGAUGUUGAGACAGCUGAGAGAGGUUCCUACUCUGCAAAGGACUACCAUGACCCUCCUCCAGCACCCUUGAUUGAUGCUGAGGAACUCACUCAGUGGUCCUUCUACAGGGCUUUGAUAGCUGAAUUCAUUGCCACACUGCUCUUUCUUUACAUCACAGUGCUCACUGUGAUUGGGUAUAAGAGUCAGAGUGAUGUCAAAGCUGGGGGUGAUGUUUGUGGUGGGGUUGGCAUUCUUGGCAUUGCUUGGGCCUUUGGUGGCAUGAUCUUCAUCCUUGUGUACUGCACCGCUGGAAUUUCAGGGGGUCACAUAAACCCAGCAGUGACAUUUGGACUCUUCUUGGCUCGCAAGGUGUCUUUGAUUAGAGCAAUCAUGUACAUGGUGGCUCAGUGCUUGGGGGCAAUUUGUGGAGUUGGGUUGGUUAAGGCCUUCCAAAAGGCUUACUACAACAGGUAUGGUGGUGGAGCCAAUGAGCUCAGUGAUGGGUACAGCACAGGUGUUGGAUUGGGUGCUGAGAUCAUUGGAACCUUUGUUUUGGUAUACACUGUAUUCUCUGCAACUGACCCCAAGAGGAAUGCUAGAGAUUCUCAUGUGCCGGUUUUGGCUCCACUUCCAAUUGGAUUUGCUGUAUUUAUGGUUCACUUGGCAACCAUCCCAGUCACUGGCACUGGCAUUAAUCCUGCUAGGAGUCUUGGAGCUGCUGUUAUCUACAACCAAGAUAAAGCCUGGGAUGACCAAUGGAUCUUUUGGGUAGGACCAUUUGUUGGGGCUGCCAUUGCAGCCUUCUACCACCAAUUCAUCUUGAGAGCAGGUGCAGCUAAGGCUUUGGGAUCAUUCAGGAGCAACCCCACUGUUUGAGUUCUUUUCCUCUUCAUGGCGUUAAUGGAAAGAAGAUAAUCAGCCAAAAAAAUGACUAAAUAUUGCAAGUAUAAUAAUGGGAAAUGCUUGUAUUGCAAGGUUUCUUUGAUCCUCUGUAUUACCUCUUCAAGUAUAUGAAAGUGGGGGAAUGGGUUGUGGGAGAUAGUGGACUCUAGUCUCAAGUUUCUUUCAAGAUUAGUAAAUACGCUUAGUAUUUUCAAGCACUUUCCUUUCUUUUCUUUCCGUCUGUCAUCUUCCUGCUCCAUAUAUUCAUGGACAAAUAUUAAAUAAUUUUUAAAAUAAUUUAAAUUUAAU